AUGGAUGCCUGUUAUCAAGCUUUCGAUAAAGACGGAGAUGGUCAUUUAAAUAUUGAAGAAUUCAGACUACUAACGAGAGCACUAUUUAGAAACGACAGAGGCAAAAUUUAUCAGUUAGAUGAACAAAAACUGAGAGAUACGUUUGACGUAUUUGAUUUAAACUCUGAUGGUCAGAUCGAUAGAGAUGAAUUUACUUUUUGUUGGAAUCACUGGAUAAAAAUUAUUGUUAGACCAAUCUCUGCGUUUCUAAUUGUAGACGUGCAAAACGAUUUUAUUUCUGGUACUUUGAACAUCAGCAAUUGUUCUGCUCAACAAAAUGGUUUGGAUGUCAUAGAACCAAUCAAUAAACUUCUAGAGACAGUAAAAUUUGACGCAGUAUUUUAUUCGUUGGAUUGGCACCCCAGUGAUCAUGUAUCAUUUAUUGAAAAUAUAGGGGAAAGAGAAAUCGAUCCAAAUAGUCCUGUGACAGCCGAAAAUGCUCAGACGUAUGAUACGGUGAUAUUUUCUGGUUCACCGCCUCAGAAACAACGACUAUGGCCAAGGCAUUGUGUACAGGACACUUGGGGAUCUGAAUUGCAUAAGGAUUUGAAGGUUGUAGAAAGUGCGAUUAAAGUCUACAAAGGCACUAAUCCAGAUGUUGAUUCCUACUCGGUAUUUUGGGAUAAUAAAAAAAUGACAGAUACAACUUUAUGCGCUCAACUUCGUAUGCGGAAUGCUACCGAUAUCUACAUUUGCGGGCUCGCCUAUGAUGUGUGUGUCGGUGCUACAGCUGUAGACGCAUUAGCCAUAGGCUACCGGACAAUUCUUCUAGACGAUUGUAGUAGAGGUGUGGAUCUAGCUGAUAUAGAGAAAACAAAGAAUACCGUUACCACAAAUAGUGGCGUGAUAGUGAAUUCCUCACAGGUGAAAGCUAUGGUAGAGGGUAGAGACCGCCGACCGGAAUUGGGUUACAAGUUAGCUAUGGAAUUGAAAGACACUUUGAGAGAGAAACUCCAGCAACAUUCAGGCUAAAGUAGAUUAUUCUUGUAGGUGUAGUUAAUGCAUAAGCUAUGCAUAAAAAAGGAUCUAAAAAUUUUAGGUAAACCCAUUCCCAUAAAUCAAAAAUUUAUUUGCCAAAAUUUGUUUCUUCGUUCCUUUGACGUCACUCUUCUCUGAUGGGAUGAUUUAAAUUUCAAAUUUGUGGGACAAAAAAAUCAUGCAUAGGUAAAGGGUGUUCCAAUAAGAGAUUCCGAAUGUUUUUUUCAAUUCAAACGAAAAGCAAACUAGGA